UACGUCAGGGGAAGUGUAUUUCUCGUUUUCUAUUUUAAUUCCGUAGAUUUCUAAAUACUUUACUCAACAUAACCAAUAGUAUCACAUACAAUAAUAAAACAAAUAUUACUUCACAAAACGAUCUUCACAAGACAAUAAUCAAGUGCGCUUGAAACGAAAUUUCCGACAAUAAUAUUGAACAUGUAAAAAUGUAGUGUUAAUUCUUAUUUGAGUUUGGAUUAGCUCUUCAAACAUAUACGUACAGGAAUACCUAAACAAUAUUCCCAUAGUGCAUGAUUCACAAGGUUAGAGGUUACGGUGCGAUGUAUAAUUGAUUAAUUCAUUUGUGAAAUUAACGUAGGUCUGUAGGGAAUUUAUCCCGUUAAUUAAUCCAAUAAUAAGUCAAUGCAAUGAUCGAGAGUGUCUCUCGUCGAGCGUUUAGCAGUUCCAGCGGUACAUACAAUGUACGCGCAUCGGAACUGGCUCGCGAAAGGAAGCUUAACAUCUUCAAUGUCACGAUCGUGUUUUUGGACGAAACCCAGCACUCGUUUCAGAUCGAGAAAAAAGCUAAAGGAAGUGGCCUCUUAGAACUUGUGUUUCAACACCUAGAGUUGAUUGAGAAAGAUUAUUUUGGAUUGCAAUUCACAGAAAAUGGUUCUCCUCCAAAUUCUACUAACACUGAGAUUACGCGUUGGCUUGACAGUGGGAAAUCAGUUAAGAAGCAAGUUGGCGUUAACGCACAAUUCUGGUUAGCAGUGCGUUUCUAUCCACCCGAACCUUGCCGCCUUGCCGAGGAGUUUACGAGAUACCUUCUAUGUUUGCAACUGAGGAAACUGUUAUUGGAUGGUAGAAUGUCAGCUCCGAAGAAUACGGCUUUGUUACUUGCAUCUUUUACUGUACAAGCUGAAAUAGGAGACUACAACGCAACGGAGCACCAACCGAAUUACCUAUCAGAGUUAUGUUUGAUACCCAAGCAAACGGCUGAAGAUGAGAGACGCAUAAGGGAAUUGCAUAAGCUACAUCGAGGGCAAUCCCCCGCGGACGCGGAGGCGAACUUUCUAGAACAUGCGAAGAGAUUGGAUUGUUAUGGUGUCGAAUCGCAUCCCGCGAAGGACUACCACGGAAAGGACAUAUUCAUUGGCGUCACGUCAAUCGGUAUCGUCGUAUUCCAGAACAGCACCCGAGUGAACACAUUCUCUUGGAGCAAAAUCGUCAAGAUCUCCUUCAAGAAGAAACAGUUCUUUAUACAGCUCAAACGUGAACCUUCGGAAUCCUACGACACGGUGCUUGGUUUCAACAUGCGUUCGGGGCGAGCGGCAAAGGCACUGUGGCGUUGCAGUGUGGAACGGCACGGAUUCUUCCGCCUCAGGGCGCCGCGACGCCGACAUUUGUUGGAGAGCUUCGGUGCUUUUGCCGGGGUCACUGCUCCAACCGUAGCCCGCACUGAGACCCAGGCUCUGGAAGAUGCGAGACGGUCCAGGUCUAGCAACAGGAGUUUUGUGAGGUACUCACGCAGCAGUUCCCGUACAAGAGACAGAUCGGCCGGUGCUUCUCCGGCGUUGUCAUGUGUCACUAACGCAGCCCGCGGAGCUAGAGUCACCGCGCAUGAAGAGCCUCCACCUAGAGCCGCGUGGGGCGACGCCGCGAGAGACAACGAAGACAGCGACGGUGGUUUCCUCGAGCGCGCUCUACGCGUUCCAUUCCCGUACGUAGAUGAAUCGGAAUCGGAAUCUGCGCCGGAACAGGCAGAAGAUGAUACGGAAGGUGUCGAGGGGGCGGUGUACGUCCAUUUGUCCGCCGGACCGGAUGGCAGAUUCGGAUUCAACGUCCGGGGCGGUGGAAACGGCGUUCCGGUUUUGGUUUCGAGGGUCGCACCGAGAACGAGAGUUCAUUUACAAGAGGGUGAUCAGGUAAUAUCGAUAAACGGCAAAGACGUAGACGAAAUGACACACGAGCAAGUUGUACAAAUGAUAAGAAACACGAAAGGAGUUCUAACAUUAUUAGUAAAACCAAACGCUGUAUACGAACCGGAAACCGGUCCUGAAGAGCCAGCAGUAUGCUUCGUACCUCUAGAACCAUUAGAGCAAUUGGAAGGUGACCCCUUAGAACAAUCCAUGCUCCUAUUAGGAGACGGUUUGGCCAGCGGGGCGGCUUUGAAGCAGUACGAGACUUUGUUGAGAAGAUUGUCAGAAGAGUGUUCUUCAGUCGCAAAACUUCCACAGAACAUCAACAAGAAUCGAUAUAGGGAUAUUGCUCCGUAUGAUUCAACGCGGGUUAUAUUGAAAAACAGUCCAACCGGUGAUUACAUCAACGCUUCGUACAUCAACAUGGAUAUACCAAAUUCCGAGUUGGUCCUAACGUACAUUGCUACUCAAGGUCCUCUAGCAUCAACAGUUGGUGACUUCUGGCAAAUGGUAUGGGAAUGCGAGAGCAGUUUAGUUGUGAUGUUGACGGUUUUGGCCGAGAGAGGGCGGGCCAAGUGCCACCAAUAUUGGCCCAAGGUUGGCACCACGCCAUUGAAGGCAACCAACACAUUGACCGUCCUUACGAAUAGUGAGCAGAACUUAGGACAUUAUACACGAAGGGAAAUGAGCUUAAAGGAAAGCAGUAGUGGAGCUACUCGCAACGUGACCCAGUUGCAGUACACCGCGUGGCCGGACCACGGGGUUCCAGAAGAUUCCACCGCCUUCAUCGAAUUCACGCAACUUUGUUCGCAACUUAGAAACCAUCGAGCAGCCAUUCCAACAGUAGUCGAAGAGCUAGUCGCGGAAGAAGAGCGAGUGCUUGAACCGCCGAUGAUAGUCCACUGUUCUGCCGGAGUUGGUCGUACUGGGGCUCUUAUACUAGCUGAGACAGCACUGGAAUUGCUCGCAAGAAGACAGCCUCUAUACCCCCUAGAUUUAGUUCGGAACAUGCGGACUCAAAGGCCUAUGUGUAUACAAAACGCUAGUCAAUACAAGUUCGUAUGCGAAAGUAUCCAGGCGGCGUACUCUCAAGGCAUUAGCACUUUAGAAAAAUCGACGAACUGAUGGCAGGCCCCUCCCCUAGGGGAAGUUUAUACGAAAUUAGCACAUAUUUGUAACAAGGUAACGCUGUGGUUCCUUUGCCAGCCGGUCGGUCAUAGCCUUAUUUCUCUAGAUACACUUUUGAUACAUGAACUAGUCUAAAGAUGUAAUUAUAUUUAUAGUAAAUUAGCACGUGUUUGUACUACA